UUAUUCACAAUCUUUUGGUAUCUGCAAUCAGAUAUAAUUGAAAAGCAUAGCAGGUCUGGAAAUAUUCAAACCAUUCAUCAAUGUCUCACCACUUGGUGUCCCACUGUCCAUUCUCUGGCCCCUCAGAGAGACAUGAACACAAUUAUUUAGCUCUGCAUAUCAAAUUGCUCUGUCACAGCUAAAGCAUUUUAAAUAAAAUGGCUUUAGUAAAUGUUUUAUUUAACUUUUAUUUCCCCAUGUUUUUCUAUUUACUUUUUAACUAUGCACUGCAUAAUGAGUGACUUUGUCCCCCAAACUGAGAUGGCAUGUAUAAAUGCUGGCCGAUGAAUGAAUAUACAUGCAGCCAUGCAGGUGUACAGAGCAUCAUUACAUGAUGAGCGGUGAUCUAUGGCAAGAUGCCCCAUAACGUCAUCUGAGCCAUAAAAGAAUAAAAGUAGGACUAUUUUACCUGUCUUACAAGGAAGAUCUCAGAUCAGUCAGUAAAAUAGUGGAACCAUAUGAUGGGGACGAUGGGAAAACACAUCUUCAUCAAAAUUGGCAAGAUACCUCUUCUUCUUCUCUUUCUGUACAUGUUUAUCUGUUCUCUGGACAUCCUGAGCUCAGCCUUUCAGUUAGCUGGAGGUAGGGUUGCAGGUGACAUAUUUAAGGACAACGCGGUCUUUUCUAACCCUGUGGCGGGACUGGUGGUGGGAAUACUGGUUACUGUCCUGGUCCAAAGUUCCAGCACUUCCACCUCCAUUGUUGUUAGUUUGGUUUCCUCUGGAUUGCUGGAUGUUGAAUCUGCCAUUCCCAUCAUCAUGGGAUCAAACAUUGGCACAUCUGUCACCAACACCAUUGUGGCUCUGAUGCAGGCAGGGGAGAGAGAGGAGUUCAAACGAGCUUUUGCGGGUGCCACAGUGCACGAUUGCUUUAACUGGCUGUCAGUGUUGGUGUUGCUGCCGCUGGAAGCCGUCACUGGCGUGAUGAGGCUCGCGUCGGAGGCGGUGGUUGAAAGUUUCAACAUCGUGAGCGGAGAGGAUGGCCCAGAGCUCCUGAAAGUCAUCACAGAACCCCUCACCAAAAGUAUUAUACAGCUAGAUAAGAACGUAAUCAUAGGUAUAGCAACAGGCCAAGAGGUGCUGCGCAAUAAGAGCCUGAUAAAAGUUUGGUGCCAGAAACGGAUCACGUUCCAAGAGAAUAUUUCUUUCGUGCUUUCAGAAAACUCGACAGUACCAACCACAUCACUUUACAUGAAUGCCGAAAAAUGCACUCAUCUAUUUGUGGAGACGGGAUUGUCUGAUCUGGCUGUGGGCUUGAUUCUGCUGUCUUCCUCACUGCUGGUGCUUUGCACCUGCCUCCUGCUGCUGGUUAAGCUUCUCAACUCCCUCCUCCAGGGACAAGUGGCCAAAGCUAUCCAGAAAAUCAUCAACACAGACUUUCCUUUUCCGUUUGGAUGGUUGAGUGGCUACCUGGCCAUUCUGGUUGGUGCUGGCAUGACCUUUGUUGUUCAGAGCAGUUCGGUGUUCACUUCUGCCAUCACUCCUUUGAUAGGUAUUGGUGUGAUAAGUAUCGAGCGGGCCUACCCUCUGACCCUGGGAUCCAAUAUCGGAACAACCACUACAGCCAUCUUAGCCGCAUUAGCUAGCCCAGGAGACAAGCUAGCUGCGGCCUUUCAGGUUGCUCUAUGUCAUUUCAUCUUCAACAUUCUGGGCAUAUUGCUUUGGUACCCAGUUCCUCUUACCCGUCUCCCCAUCCGCAUGGCACGAUAUUUGGGUGAGCAGGACGGCAAAAUAUCGGUGGUUUGCUGUGCUAUACCUGAUUCUGUGCUUCCUCCUUCUGCCAUCCAUUGUCUUUGCCCUCUCCAUGGCUGGAUGGCAAGUUCUGGUGGGUAUCUGUGUACCAUGUGUUGCUGUCCUCCUCUGCAUUGUUGUUGUGAAUAGAUUGCAGUCACAAAAGCCUCACCUCCUGCCUUCAUGGCUGCAAACCUGGGACCACCUACCUCUCUGGAUGCACUCACUCAAACCAAUGGAUACCAUCAUCACAAGAGUCACAUUGUGCUGCAGGAAAGCC